UGAGCAUAAAAAGGCAUAAUGGAUAUUCAACGAAAUUAUUUGUUUACAAAUUAACUCAAGCUAAUUCUGUUUAUCUUCGAUUAAUUUUCUUCGGUUUAUUAGACCAAACAACUAAUUAAUAUUUACUAAUUACCGAUUUAGUGUCCUCAAGAAAUUCAAAAGAAAUCAUAUUGGCAUGAAAUACACCAGAGAUACUGUAUGUUUUCUUCAUCUUCCCUCAAGCUUAUGGAUUCCUGUUUUUAGUGAUGGCAGGAAAGAAAAUCUUCUUUGAUAAUUUUGUGUCUAAAAACGCUUUAACUUUACCACGAAAAGGUCGAGAUCCUAUUCUUGGUGAUCUAUACACUAACGCAAGAAAACUUACUCUUAAAAGGAUUGUGAAAGUUCAAGCAACAUUUGAUCCCUUCUACCCUAAUAUUGCUUCUUUUAGAGAGUUGCUUCAUUUUUUACACGGGAAAAAAAUUGGUAGAACCAACGAGGAAUGUUUCAUCAAAACAAAUGUUGUUAGUAAUGGAAAUGAACCUGAAAUACAAUUUUUCUUAAAAAACGGUAAAAAAUUGAUCUACAAAACAGGAUUACUGCGAACGAUCGAUAUUUUGUAUCAUCUUAAUGAUCAAUUGGCCAAAGUAGAAGCUGAACUUGCUAAAUCUGAAAUUUAAAGUUUUGAAUUCGUGAAAUUAGUCGUAUUAUAGUUGAGAUGGCUGGUAGAUCAUAUCAAGCUGUGCUGGAAAUUUUUCGUAAACUCGAAGCCAAUAUGCCUUAUUUUGUGGACGUAUUUGACGAAGAAACAUUUUACAUCUUUGCCGCUUGUUUUGUUAUCGCUACUAUUUUAGUAGCCUUCAUCUUAUCUAGGUUCAUUACUCUACGAGAGGUUGAUUGGUAACCUAAAUUUUCUUUUUUUGUAACCAAAAUUUAAAGUAAAAUGAUUAACGUC